AUUUCGUAUAGAGUAUAAAAGACACAGCUGGCUCGAUCUCCUGGUCAGUGUGGCGUGUAACCUCUUACAGAAAGCAACGAUGGCUGCAGCACUCAAGGUCAUUCUGGUGUCCCUCUGCCUCGGCUUGGUGGUCUGUGAAAAAGAGGCUCGGGAGAAGAGAGGCUACGGUGGUGAUGGAGGAAGCGGUGGUGGAGGAGGAGGAGGAGGAGGAGGAGGUUACGUGAUCGUUGGAGCAGGUGGUGGUGGAGGUGGAGGCUCAAACGGCCCCAGCCACGCUGACAUCGCCAACCAAGCCGCCGCUCGAGCCACAGCAGCUGCUGCUGGGAUCAGCGGAGCUGCCAACGCCGCCUACGGCGCUGCUGCCAACAGGGCAGCGGCAGCGUCUUCCGCCGCAGCGCAGGCUGCCACGGCAGCAGCUGCCGGCAAGCAAGCCCAAGCUGCGCAGAUCACCAAGGCUGCCCAGGGAGCUCAGUCGGCUGCGUUCAUCGAGGGGAAACUGACUGCCAAGGCAGCGGCAGCCGUCAAGGAGGCAAAACUCGCCUACACCCUGGCGGUCGAGGCUGCCAACGACAUCGGAGCAGCCGAGGCUGAAGCUAGGGCCAUCGUCGCGCAGACCUUCCAAGCCCUGGUGGCAGCCAGGCAGGUGCGGGCCCGCCAAGCCGCCAUGGCCUGGCAGGCUCAGCAAGCUGCCUUCUCCCUGAACCAGCAGCAGAACCUGGCCAUCACUGACCUGCAAGGGGCACAGCAGGCUGCCGCACAAGCGCAGGCUGCUGCCAGCAAGGCGCUGUCUAAAGCCAAGGCACGAGGCUACGGGUACGGCGUCCACUAGGGAGGUUCUCUGGGACCCUGGCCAAUUUGCGAAGUCUUUCCAAGUAUUUUUGAUCCAGUUCUUUUCUCACUUAUGUCUCAGUCAGUGGUCGUUUUCUUCUCUAUGUUUUGUGUGCGGGAAGUUCAGUACUAGACCUCUCUCAAGAAUUCUGAAAACUCUAUUUUAAUUAACCUCUAGCUCUUCCCCACUUUCUCUCAAAGAUUUAUGAAGCAGUACAGGAUGGAUAGGACAAACCAAUGUUCUUAUGUGAGGUGAAUAAAUGUAUAGAGGAAGA